AUGGCAAUGGAUCUUAAACGAUCUUUUCCAGCAAUGUCAAUGGUUCCAGUGCCAAACAAACGGCCAAAAACCGAUGAUUAUAGAGUGCCUGUUUUGAAUCAAAUUCAAAGGUCUGCACAGAGUCAAAUUAUUCCCGCCGGGAUGCCUGGUAGUAUGCGACGCACCUCAAGCCUUUUGAGUCCAAACAUGCUUCUCACUGGUCACGAGAGCGAAGUAUACUGUGUUAAAUUUGUUCCAACAGAAGGGAGCUACCUUGUCAGUGCUGGGUUUGAUCGGCAAAUAUUUGUUUGGGAAACAUAUGGGCAAUGUGAUAAUGUAGCCGUAAUGGCCGGUCAUGGUGGAGCUGUUCUGAAUUUGGCCUUGUCUUCCGACGGAGAAUUUCUAUAUUCAUCUAGUUCGGAUAAGACUGUUGCCAUUUGGGAUCUUAAUACCUGUCAACGUGUCAAGAAGAUACGUGGCCACCAGAACAUUGUAAACAGUGUGGACAUUGCUCGUAGAGGACCUCAAAUGAUUGUCUCUGGCUCUGAUGACGGAACUGUGCGUCUUUGGGAUCGGCGCCAAAAGACCGAAGUCCAAAACUUUCAGAACACAUAUCAGGUGCUCGCCGUGGCAUUUAGCGAUACCGCAGAGAUGAUUUUCUCCGGUGGCAUUGACAACAUCAUCAAGGGCUGGGAUCUGCGCAAGCUGGAUGUUGCGAUGCGACUAACGGGUCACACCGACACUGUGACAGGCCUGGCGCUUUCGCCUGAUGGUGACUUUCUCCUCUCCAACGCAAUGGACAAUACCCUCCGUAUAUGGGAUGUGCGGCCCUAUGCUCCUACUGAACGCUGCACUAAAUUUGUUACAUUUAGUUAG